UUGUCCGCACAUUCACCCCAUUCGUGUAUCUCGAGCGCGACGGCUCAAACGAUUUUUCAAGAUGGUGGGCAUCGGCCGCCGCAUGAACAAGCUGAACGCACUUGUCAAGAUCAGGACAGGGCCCGGGGCGGCGGUGCUUCCUCGGGAUGUCACGCGGAUACACAUGGAGUUUGCCCACAAGAUCAAUGGCGGCCACAUGGGGCCAAGAAAAUUCUGGCGCGAGGCGUUGCCACGGCUAAAGUACUGGAAUCCGGCGGUGCCCAUGGUGGUCAACCGCACGCGAGACCAGGAAGGCCCCGCCACGCUGACGCUCUACUUCCGCGAGCCGGGCGCAUCGCUCCAGUCCGACGUUCCGCAGCCGAGCUCGUCGACGGAGGGCCUUGCGAAGGCGCCCGCGCCGGCCGAGGGCGAGCGCAUCGUCACCAUCGACAUGAAGAACCGGCGGUCCGAGGCCAUCCUCAAGGAGUUUCUCGACAAGAGCGGCGCCGUGGCGGUGAAGACCUCGCCGCAGGACGAAGUUCUAAUACGUGAAAUCGCGGACCGGGAGGCGCAGGCUGCCAUUGACCGGGAGGUCAUGCGCAAGAGGAACGAAGAGAUCAAGAGGGAACAGCGGAGGCUCGCGCAGGCGCAAUCCGAGGCGGCUGCGAUCCGGGAAGCGCUGUAACCUGGCUGGAUAGACGGUACCUGUAAGUUUACUGUGACAUGGAGGAGUUGUUUGGGGAUGCCGCUUAUGCAUUACGAACCCCCUGUGCUGGGGAUAUUUGAACCUGUACGAUCAGCUAGUUGAAAUCUGGGCGGAUACCAGCUGCGGGGUGCUCGAUUCUCUACCGUGCCUCAGGAGAUGGAUGCGUGUUCGCCAUUGCGCUCGAGACGGACAAGUUUCUGCUUUGGACGGGCCUCGAUCUUGAGAUGACGGCUAUUACCCGC